UACGAUCAUGCAAUGGGGGUAGCAGGUACAAUUCUUACGCCCUACCUGCAGGGGUAAUUCAAUUUCAUAUGACAACGUAUUUAUUAUGCAUUCUUUUAUAACCUAGAUUUAUUUACUGUCAUAUUCAUACUGCAGUUGACAGCCAUGGGCUGAUAGCACCCGCUUACAGUUGGUAAGGUUAUAUAUUGCUAGAUAAAUAUGUUUAUUUCAUUUUGCAUGACAAACAGUGAUAUAUAUUUCUUUUCUUCUUAAUUUAGUCUGAAGCCAGAGACAGUAAAGAUCUACCUCUGUUCUUUGGGGAAAUUCGUAGAGUUUCUAUCCGUAUCCUUCGACUGGCAGCGCCAGGACCGUUUUACGUAACUUACGGUGUGUCGGAGUGAAAUGCAAUGAUCUUCGAACAUAAGGAAGCUCGGUCGGGGAAGGAAUGCCCGUUGCUGAUAAAGACGUCCUUCGCGGUAGACCUCAAGGCAUACGUGGCCAAGGAGGGCUUUGGUCGGGGGUCGAAGCUGGUCUUUACCACCGACCCUGCCCUGCAGACCAUGUCAAAAUGUGUCAAGCACAUGGCCCAUAACCCACGGACUGCGGAUAGGUACUAUGACCGCUCUCGGCAGGAGGACGCCAGAGUCGAUGUCUGGAGCAAAAUCAACAGUAUCUAUCAGGAUGGCAAUCAGCCAGCUCCAGACAUCGGUCCGCAGUCCCCUGCUUGUCCAGCACCCUCUGAUAACGACAGCGACGUGAUCGGCGUAAGUAUUUCACAACCUUCACCAGUAAAGAAGCCCAGGAGGUAGAUCCUCACCCCAGGCGUCCUGGCCUCAUAAGUCAUCCAUCGCCGCUCGCGUCGCUGUCGACUUAACCGCCGCCACGCAUUAUUUUGUAUAUAUUUGAAAAAAUCUAUUUUAUUAAUUUAUUAACUCAUUUGUAUAUAUUAUCAUUUAAUUUAUUCAAUUCAACUAUGUAUAUAAAAAGACAAUUAAUUUAUUCAACUUGUAAAAUUCUGUAUAUAUAUAUAUAUA